AUGAGCCGUAAACAAGUGAUUACCGACGAACAGCUGACGAGAAUAUUAGAAGAAAGUGAUUAUGAAGAAGAAAUUCUGUCAAAUUCAUCGGAUAGUGUGGAAAAUUUGUAUGAUGACGACAGUGUGGCAGAUCCAGAUUUUUUUCCAAGUGAGUCUCAGUUUAGAACACAGGCAAGUGAUGUACCUGCACUAUCAAAUUCAGAUUCCAGCAAUAGUGCUACUAGCGAUGCAGUAAACACAUCUGUUCAAACUCCGAGAAAUUCUGCUCCAAGAAUUUUUGUUUCAAGAUCGACUACAGAUUACGACAUGAAACGACAUGACGAGAAUGAAGGUUGGAACUAUGACAUCCAGCCAUUGCAUCGUGAAGAUUUUACUAGUGACAGCUUUUUACAUAUUGAUCAAAUUCCUGAAAAUGCCGAUGUCUUUACGAUAUUUCGCUUAUUGGUUGAUGAUGAAAUCCUGGACUUGAUGGUACAACAGACAAACUUGUACGCUGAGCAAUCUAUUGCUGCUAAUCCUGGUGGUCGUUGGACUCGUUGGAAACCUGUUACCAGGGAAGAUAUAGAGAAAUUUAUGGGCAUUUACUUAGUGACUGACAAUACAGCGGAAAGAAAUGAUCGUUUGUACAAGGUCAAACCAGUUAUAGACAUUGUAAUGAGAAACUGCAGAAAACUACUUACGCCAAAAGAUGUCAUUGUCGUGGAUGAGUCGAUGGCCACAACUGAUGAUGGGUAUGUUUGGAAAUACAAAGUGUACACUGGCCAGGAUCCCCAAAUUUCUAAUCUGGAUAAACCUGGAAGCGUCGUCGUUGAGCUGUGUGAAGAGCUUUUGGACCAAGGGAGAAUGGUUAUAGCAGAUAAUUGGUAUACAAGUAUACCAUUAGCUGAAUACUUGCUCAGUCGCAAGACAAAUCUUUGUGGCACUUUGCGAAAAAACCGCAAACAUCUGCCGUUAUUAGUCAAGAAAAAGAAGCUCAAAAGUGGACAGCAUAUCGCCGCUCAGCGGAAUAAUAUAACAAUUCUAAAAUGGAAGGACAAAAGGGAUAUCCUUAUGAUCUCAACUUACCACGCUGAUGAGCAGACUAUGACUACUGGGAGAAAUGCACGCCUGAAGCCUAAUAUGAUUCUAGAAUAUAACAACCGCAAAAAAGGCAGCGAUCUUUCUGAUGAGUUAAUACCGGCUCCGGUUGUAGCUACUCCACAGCAAAAUUCAAUUGCAGGCACAUCACGUCAAAGCAUCUCGCCAUCACCAGCACAACAUUUUCUUCAAAUGCUAGAUAAGAAAGACGUAUCAGAUGUCUUAGAAACAACAAGUGAACAUACCACAUACGGUCUGUGGACUGAUAUGGAAGUAUCUCUACAGACCGUAUGUGGUAUGUGGACAAUGAAUCUGUAA